AUGAAGAACGGCUGUGUCUGCUCUGGCUACCAGGACAGCCACCCCAACCACAACGGUGGCAAGAAGACUACUGUCUUCUACGACUCUAGUUCUGGCUGGUGCUGGUCAAACAACAAGCUCAAGUCGGAGUGUGGCGGCAAGGACUGGACACACGACUUUGACCAGGGUAUCGACAACGGCUUUGUCAACGGUGCGGCUGCCCAUGCGCUCUGCAAAGCCAAGGGCAUCAAGGGUAGCUGCCGCGACCACUACACCGAGCAGUUUACCAACUCAAAGUCGGCUAGCGACUGUGACAACUGCAACUUUAGCGAGGGCCAGAUUCGCGACGGCUGCAACUGUGCAUGGAAGUGCGACAACGGCUACGUCAAGUGUGGCAACAAGUGCCAAAGGGGCCACAACUGCCCCAGCAAGGGUCACUGGAAGGCUCGCGAGUUUGUGCUUGCUUGCACGCGUGGCACUGUGCAGUGCCCCACCCCGAACGGCGGAUACGAGUGCCUCGACACCCAGUCCGACCUUGAGGCAUGCGGUGGAUGCCCCGGUUCCGACAGCUCCGUCGACUGCUCUGCGAUGCCCAACGUGCGCAACGUGCAGUGCGUCGAUGGUCAGUGCCAGAUCUCCUCUUGCCUCCGUGGCUCCACUCUCAUCGAUGGCCAAUGUCUCUGA